GGGUAGCCUGGGAACAAUCUCGCAGUUGUUGUUUCCAGGACUCUCGUCUCGAUUUUGUUAAUUUCCGUUCACGGAACGUCGCUCGUGCGGUCUCUCGUGCGAUCUCCACCGGUUUUACAAGUCUCCACAAAACGCCAGAAAGAAAGACUGCGGUUAAAAUGACAAGUUUAAAUGACUACGACUGGAUUGGGUUUGAUCUAGAUCAUACAUUGAUUCAGUAUAAGCUGGAUUAUCUUUACCCGGUGAGUUUGUAAAAUGGCGGUGUCUGAGCCUGAAAAAGCGCGCGGAAAAAUAAACCGAUGUUAACUUCCUCCCGAUCCCGUUAAGAAUAGAGGCGUUUAUUUGAUACAACACACAAAAAAUGUUCAGUUCAACGCAUGAUCUAGCUUUUAUGACUGCUUUUUUGGGAUGUGUGGUCCUAAUAUAUAGGUUUCCCUGCUUUCAUCUUAAAUUUCAUACUCAAGUUAAGUAAGCUUUAUAUAUCCACGUGGAAAUUGUGCUUCUUAGAUUAUUAGGGUGUUUUUGUUUGCAUUGCUAAUCACUUUAUAGCUUAAGGAUGCAAAGAGUGCCGAGGACGAUAAUUUAAGGAUAGAUUUCUGCACAGCCCCACUCAAAUGCAUGCAGCAAAAUCAUACUACUUGUAUGGGACAUUCCAUUUAUUUCUCCUCAGCGACGACCCCCUCCCCCCCCCAAGGAUGGCGGGCUUUUAAAUUGGGCCGGGGGGGGAUCCUUGAAACAAGCUCACGAAAUUUGUUAUUUACCCUCGGCAGUGUUUAUAGCACUGAUGCUAGUGGGGCCGGGCAAAUGUCUGAAACAAAUAAUUCAAAUCAAACCUAAGAGGGUUAAGAAUCCCAACUGGCGGAAGGCAAACCAGCUGGCUAUUUACCAACAUAGCCGAGGAUGUGAACUCAGGACUACCGUGAACAAAUCCAGCUAGCGGUCAGAGCAGGACUUGAACUCGCUGCCUUCGAAUUGCGAGACCAGCUCUCUAACCACUCGGCCACCCUGCCUCCUAUAACCCAUGGUAACCCAGGAUUAAAGUUAAACAGGCUUUGAACAUCUUUUGCAGUGAACUACCCUACCUGUGGACUAGGCCAUGUGCAUCAUGAAAGAAAUAAUAAAUACAUCAAGUGCAUUUUUGGUCUGUGUUAUAUGCUAGACUGUCUUGUGGGAGGCUCAAAGAUACUCAACGGGUAACACAUAAUUGCGAGCAGUGAAUAGAGUUGAACACAGAAGUGCUGAUGUAUUUCAAGUUGUGAUAAAAAGUUCUGUAACUGAAAUCUGAAAUGACAAGCUUUUUAAGCAAAUUAUCCAUUACUUUUGUUGAAAAUAAUGUAACUUGAUGCAGUUAACCAAAGGAUCAGAACUCAUUGAGAAAUUAAAUUGCGGCAAGGUUGAAAAUAAUAUGAAGACAAAAAAAGAAAAAAAACUGAGGAAGAGAAGAAAAAGAGUGUUGAUCAAAAGAAAGUUAAUUUCAAACCAGCUGGUACAAAAAGGAUUAAAUUCCUAAGGCCUUUUAAAAUUCCCUUCUUGAAACAGAACCCUUUAUAAUUUCAGAAAUGGCUCAUGUAUGUGAUCAUGAGGCCCUCAUUGGCCAACUCCUAAAAUAAACACUGCUUUGGGUCCUGAGCACCCCCAUAUCCCUGUGGGGUCACAUCAUGGGGAUGUUUGUUCAAUAUCAUAGGGUGCGUUCCUUUGGGAUGAUCCACAUCAGGAUCACUGAUCCGAGAUCACUUGGAUCAUGGUAGAUCAAAUGAACUGAUGAAUCCUUGUCCAGAGUGGAUUCAUCGGCUCAUUUGAUCUACCAUGAUCCGAGUGAUCUCGGAUCACUGAUCCUGAUCCGGAUCAUCUCAAAGGAAUGCAUCUAUAGUGUUUUAGUGUAUUUAGUAAGUGGCAUUUUCAAUCAUGAUGAUAUACCUUAUAAAGUUCUUUUCUUUUUUUCCAGUUUAUUUACAAAAUAUUCACAGAAGCCUUGGUUAAAGACAAAGGCUAUGAUUCCAGCUUACUGGAAGACAACUUUGAAGACCUUAAGGACUUUUGGUAUGAAUGACCAUAUUUUCAGCUUGCAAAGCCUUAUCCAUUCUCAUCCUUUUUCAAAUAUUUAUAUAGAGAUCAUGGCUGUACACCAGAUACAUCAUAGGUUGUUCAAGACAUUCAAAAAAGUAACAAAAUAAACAUUCAUUUAUUAAACCUUACACCAGCCUACCAGUGGCCAAGUCAUGAUCAGUAUUAUUGCAUAAUACUAAUCAUAUAAAUAAACCUUAAUGGCAUGCUUAUUGCUAUUGUUUUAUUAUAAAUAUUGCUUUUCUCUUAAAACUAUAAGCUGACUAUGCCUUUUUAAUUUCAUGUAUACUUACACUGUAGCUGGCAUAUUUUUUCUCCAGUCUUAGGGGACUGGUCUUGGACACACAAAAAGGAAAUAUCCUGAAAAUUGACAAAGAUGGGUUUAUAUUGAGGUUGGUAUUAAAACUUUGUGCUACAAAGCCAUUUGCAGUUUCUGGAAUGGCGUCUGUGUUUUGUCAUUUAUUGUUUCCUCAAGAACAAGAUAUUACUUAAUACUUUAUACAUAAUGGCCAUUUUGAGCAGCUGAUUUUGCAGGAAUCGAAUGUCAUCCACCUCUCAAAACAGGGAAAGCUUGUCUUAUGAGUUCAACGAGUCAAUGAGUCAUGAGUCAAGCCUUGAAUCAGGUUUGGGUUAAGUACUGAAAAUAGUGAUGGGGUUAAUAAUUGGUAAUUUUAGUUUUGAUAAAGGCUAUAAAGCACUGACUGUAGUGAUUCCCCACAAAUGCACAUUCUAAUGUUUUAGUUUCAGGGUUGUCAGAUGUAGCUGGCUGCCGGCGAAAAUUGCCGCCUACUUGGUUAGUAUCGGCUGGCUACUCUGCUUGGCAUUUCUUUAUCAAUGGCGUUUUUUAAAUGAAAUAUCCCUAGACUGGCUGUUUUCUUUGACAACUCAGCCAUCUACUUCAAAACUUUCUGACAACCCUGAGUUUAAUCUUUCGUAUGAUGAAUAAUGAGGGUUGGUCCUUUUUUCACAUUUUAGCCUUUCAUAACAUCUUAAAAAAGUAACAAUAGUGAUGUAGGGUUAAUGACUCACUCAAAGUGGUUAGCAUUUAUUUAGGUUGGGUUUGUCACUAUACAGUAUCUUCUGUAAAGCAGUUACUGAUAGCAAAUCUGAGAGAUGCAAACUAUUGACUCAUGACUCAUUGACUACUUAAUGACUCUUUUCCACUUAAUUAAAUUUAUACUAUAAUAGCCAACUCUUCAUUACAAUGGCCACUAAUUAAAAUUAAUUACAUCUGAACUGUAGCCAAACAACUCAUCAACAUGGUCAUUUAAAAACACAACCUUGUGUACAGUGUUAUACAUGCAUGUACAAAUUAGGAGUGCAAAAAUGGACAUCCCUGGACAUCCAUUUUCACCAUAGUCUAGAAAUACAGGCCUUUUAACCAAAAGAUAAUUUUUUCAUGCUUUUUACCAUUAAUUUUUAUUAGGGCAACACAUGGUACAAAACGGAUGACAAGAGAAGAAAUUACAGAUUGGUAUGGAGAAAAGAGCAUAUGGCCUGAGAUUAACAGCCUGAAAGAAAAUCCAAGUCAACAGUGUAAGACACAAUAAUUUGUACAUUUUUGACUGUGUAUUGUUAUCUGAAAGUUUCUGCUUUUACUGCAGUCGUUAUCGUGGUUGCAUAAAUUUCCUAUCAUGCUAAGAGGACAGACCACAAUGUGGUGAAAAAUUUCCAGUGCUCUGGUGGAAGUAUGAGGAGAGUCAGUUUUUCCAAAAUAAUAUUCAUAUAAGGAUGGCACUAGCCUUUCCUAUACCUUCUAUUGACUACUGGUACCCCCUUUCACAUACCUUUUGACUGCUGUAAAUUUACUGUCUUUUAAAUAUGUGUAAAUCACUAAACUAGAAAAUUAUCUUGUCUUUUUGAUAGCCACAAAAUGCUAACCUGUUGUUCUCAAAGUGUCUUCACUAUAGCCUUGUUUCUUUCUUGCCAUUUUCAUGCUGAGUUUCUCCCAACCCUGUAUCCUUCUUUUUUGAAUUCAGGGCUAGGUGGGCAGGGCUGUCCAGCCCCUACGUCUUCAAAUAUUGAGAAUUGAUAGGGAAGGGAUGAUAGAUGAUGUUGUAAUGCACAACACAUGACGUCAAUUGUGCAAAAAAUGGCAUAAAAGAUGUUUUUGGAAUUGUAACAUUUGACCUGAUUGGUUUACUUCCCACCAAUCACUUUAUUACUUAUAUUACAUUGGCAUACCGGAGUUUGUGAGGAAACAUUCAGUGUUAACAGUAAAAUAGCUCAAACAACACAAAAGUCGAAUCUACAAGAAAUGGCGAACGUUGGCAACUAUUAGGGAGAUUUCAGACUCUAAUCUGGAGACCUGGAGAAACGGUUCAAAAUCUGGAGUCUCCUGGAUUAUCCGGGAGAGUUGACAGCACUGGGUAGCUAUUGGUCAGUAAGUAUUCCACUGAACAGUUCAGUGUGACGGUGCAUGGUUGAGGUCGCUCACAGGGUUGCCAUGGAUACCUCAUUCCUGGUGCUAGAGCUUUACCAUCUCCACCAACCUUGUAGGCACCAGUACCCAAGCUCAUCUAUUGCUGAAAAUUAUUUUAAUUCAGAAAAUUAUUAUCUAUAUCAAUUUUCCUUAACCAGCAUAAGCAAAUAAAACAAUUAUUUUAUUUUAAUAUGAUGGUACAUGUAUGAUUUCUUUUUCUGGUACAGCUUCCAUGUUUAGAGUGUUUGAGAAUUACUUUGACCUUCCUGUGAUGGUAAUAUGUGCACGUCUCAUUGAUAUAAUAGAUGAAAAGGUAAAUGGACAUGACUUUUCCUUCAAUUAUCAGCGGUAAGCAAAGUUUGAUCACAAUAAUGUUAUCUGUAAUUUGCUGGUGCAAAAAAUGUAAAUGUGAUAUUUUUGCUGUUUUUCUUCCUCUGCUAGAAUGGAAGAUUGGAAAAAUACAAUUUUUGGCCAGAUGUAAUUUAUAUGUUAAGACAUGUUUUUAAUCCACUAAAGUUUUCUGGUAAGUCAUAAUUAUUUUUAUUUAUUGUUUGUUUGAUAGUGUUUGUAUCAGGGUCGUCUGUAAGCCUACAAGAGAAUGACAAUGUGACUAACAGACGACUGUUUAACUGUGACAAUAAACGGAUCAAAAUGCACCAAUUACUGAUUACGAGUCCUCAUAGCCAAUAACAUCACGGCUUAACUGACAGACGACCAAUAACAUCGCGACGUAAUUGACCAAUCGGAUCAAUAACCAGAGUAUAAUACCAUCAACUGACGCACAGGUUGUCGAAACAUCAGUCACUGUCAAAAACAACAGUCCUAUUCAGGAAUCUGUUCACCCGGACCAUCAAACUCAACCUACUUUUGAAAUUCUUUCUUUAUUUUCUUUUCAGAUCAAAAUGGGUACUUCUUUCCUGUCAUAACAAAAAAUACGUCUAAAUUUAUAAAGCCAUGUAGCAAGAAAAUCCUUGACUGGAUUAAAUCUUUACGAGAUGGAAAGCAAAAAGUCUUCCUCCUCACCAACUCAUACAUUGACUACACAAAUCUUCUUAUGAAUUUUGCUGUUGGGUAAGGCUGAAUACUUAUUAGUUUUAGCAUAAUGAUUAAGAUUUUUGGUACUGUGGAACCAUUGCUCCCCCAUUUGAGGUCCCACAUCAUAAUAUUGAUGAUGAGGAAGAUGAUAUUGUAUGACCUUUAUGAUGGUUGCAAUGAUAAUCAUGGUGAUGAUGAUGAUGAUGUUGAUGAUAAUGAUGAUUUUAAUGAUGAUGAUGAUGAUGAUGAUGAUAAUGAUGAUGAUGAUGAUGAUGAUGAUGAUGAUGAUGAUGUUCAUGCGGCCGCGGCUGAUGAUGAUGUUGGUAGUGGUAAUAAUGGUGGUGUUAUUGGUAAUGUUAAUGGUGAUGAUUUCAUAUGUUGAUGAUGAUGUGCUUGAAUUUGGUUGUACCUAACCUCUUAGCAUUUUACUUAAUAUGUGCUUUUUGAUUAAGUAAUGGUCCAGAAGAGAAGGAAAGAACCAAAUGCAAUUAGCAUAUGUUGAAAUGCAAAAAGGUGCUAACUUUACUUUUGUCUCUAUUACACGUCUGAUUGGUUUAUUUUGUUUUAGGGAACACUGGCCAGAAAUGUUUGAUGUUGUUGUUUGCAUGGCUGGAAAACCAGGUUUCUUUCAAACUCAUGUUUUUUCUGGUCAUACCAACUGUUGAUAAUUAUUUUUAAUGCAUAAUUUAUAAUAAUACAGUUUAUGUACUGAAAGUGCCCACACUUAAGAUUGAAGGUGCUUAUGCAUUGUAUAAAGCUGUUUUAGUCCGGUAAAGAUCAACAUCAAAUUUCUCCUAAGUUAUCAUAAUGCUUAAUGACUUUUACCUGAAUUUGUCAGUCACUUUUUAUACUUUUCAUAAGCAACCUCUUACCAGGAGGCCUUUAAAAUUACCAGAUGUGAUGAUGAUCAAUAAUAAUUUUAAGACUAGUAAUCAGAAAGAUUUAGGCUUUUUCUACACUAUACUGGCCACAUGCAUGGAUAGCUACAUUUUGUAUACAUGGAAAGCUAUAAAAUCAUUCACACACAUCGGACAUCAUGCCAUAGCUAGCAGUCAGCCAGGAAGGAUACAUUUUAAAUGUGAUGAUGAGCAAAGUACAAAUUAUAACCUAGUGAUUAAUUUAUAUUUAAAAUGUUAUUUAUUUUUUUAUUAAUAAUUUUUGCAGGUUUUUUCAAGUCCGAAGAACAACUAACCCAGUUUUAUGAGAUUGGUAAAAAUAUUGAAUAAUGCUCCUGUGUUUUGUUUUACAUUUUCAUUUUAUUUACUGGUUUUGGCUGUCAGGUUUUGGGUAUUGUUUUGUCUGGGUGGCCUAGCUAUAAAUUCAUUGUGCUUGAGAAACUGUAAUGCUUGAAUGAUCAUUUCAAGUUGUUUCCUCAAGAUGUAAGUUGGUUAAUUGACAAUUGCAUAAAGGCUGUUGAUAGUUGCAUCUAACUAGUUUCAAGAAAAGAGAGGUGCCAAUUACUGAAAACUUUGACAAAAGCAUUUCUGGUUUGAUAAUUCUUUCAGUAACUGAGGAUUGAGAUUUGAGAAGCAAUCAUCAAGAAUCAAGUCUCAAUUCUUGGUACUUGAUUCAUGGAUGCAAACAUCAAAAAGGGCAUUGAAGAUGAGCAAGAGAACCUAAUUUAUUGAAAAUGUCAUUACAAGUCAAAAAUUCUGAAUGAUUAUUUUUUCAUGUGACUGUACAAAAAUGGUUUCAGUUUAGUGUACAGUACAUGUUAAUUUUGUAGAGGUGCAAAGGUGAUAAAAUUAUUGAUGGUAAAUUUUAAGCGUGAUGAAGAAAUGAGAAAUGAUGUGAUCAACAAGUCAUGAGCAUGUGACAAAGAAAAAAUCUGAGUCCGCGACAGUAAUUGAACCUAUGACCUUCCGUAGACCAGUCAGAUGCUCUAACCACUGAGCUACGAAGGACUCGUGGCUAGCUGUGCCAUACACACAGUUCAUGUAUGACAUGCGUCUUGACAUGCCCCAUGCCCGUGACAUGUUAAUCAAUCACAUCAUUUCUCAAUAAAAUUUUUAUUUAAACUUUUAACAGAUGGUGAAAGAGAAGGUGAUCCUGUAAAACAGCUUCAGCAAAAUAGAAUUUAUAGCAGAGGGAAUCACAGGGACUUCACUGCAUUUCUUCAAAAACAAACCAACAAAGAAAACCUUAAGGUAUGUAAUCUUUUAAUUACCAGGUGUGACCAUUGUCAAUUUUCUCCAAACAAUAUCUAUACAUUAUCAAGAGAACAGGUCAUGAGAAUAAAACAAUAUUAAUGAUUAUCUAAGGUACAUGCAAAUUGCUUUGAUUUUUUAAAUUAAAUUCUUUCAACUAAUUCCUUAAGGAAAUGUUGGUGAUCAGUCUGGAGGAGUUAAGGGUUAAGAUAAUUUUGACUGGCCCGUUAGGCCAUCCUCUUUUUUUCUCCAUAGCGUCGUCCAGCCACCUCGUAUUUUUGGCAUUUUCAAACCAAAAAAGAAGUAACAACGUAGUUACACUAUUUUUCACUUGAAAUAAUUCUUUUAAUCUGAAAAAUGAGCAUAGUAACAACGUAGAGAAAAACAGGGACAAAAUGGAACAUUAAUUUUUACACUAUAAUUAUUUUGUUAAUCCAAAUAUGUAAAUGUUAACUUUUAAUGUUGUCCUGGGGUACCAGGGCCUCCAAUUCCGAGACUUCUUGUGAUUUGUUUUUUUUAGGUUUUUUUUAAUCCAACCGACCAACCCAAUAUCAGGAAAUGCAUUUGACGCUAAAUGCAAAAAAGGGGAUGGCCUUAAGUCAGGAAAAAAUUUUUAUUUGACCCAGAGUUCAAUAUAUGCUUAAUUGAUAUUUUCCAGUUCAACACAUUUUAUUUUGCUAACCCUUAUGUUCAUUAAUGCCUCUGUAGGUUUUGUAUUUUGGAGAUAGUAUGAGGUCAGACUUGUUCCCAUCAGUGGUACAUGGUGGCUGGGAUGUUGUCACAAUACUGGAGGAAAUGGAAUCAGAAGGCCUAGUAAUAGAACACCUUGUAACACAUGAAGAUAAAAAGGUAUUUAAAAUGGUUGUGUUUUUAGUGAUCAACUGAUUUUUUUCAUGGGUUGGAAGAGUGAAUUGACCACUCCAGAAAAUACCAUAACAUACCAUAAGACUCUUUCAGUUUCUCUUGGGGCCAUUUUAACUCGCAAGAGAAACUGAACACAAUGCUUAUGCAAAAUUUUGAGGUGACAAACAAAGAGCAUUAUGGUAUGUUACGGUAUUUCUGGAGUGGUCAAUUAAAGGUCUUCUGUCAUUAUUCUAAUAAUGUUAAGCUGCUUUAGUCCAUCUUCUAUCAGGGACGUGAGUUAUAAAAUAAAUUUCUGUUGUGUGACAGAUCACGCAAGGAUUUUAACACUGAUUGAACAAUGCAUUUAUUGCAGCACCUUGUCACUUUAGUUAAUGUAGAUAUUGUUUUCAGCAAACAUUCUAGGAAAUUUCUAUUGAAAAGUGCCUUAAUUUGAUUAUUAGAGUCUGUUGCAAAUGUGACAUGACCUUUGUAGGCAUCACUUAAUUAGUGAUGUGAUGCGCCACCCUAGUAUUUAUUGUUCUAUUUUCUCUAUAUAUUAUUUGAUAAUGUAACUGUUACUUUUGGCAGUUGCCCAAUGAUUGCUUCACAAGAAGCAUGAAACUCUGAGUGGCAAUGAAUGUUCAAGACCAUUUACUCCACAAUUUAUGAUUAUUUUAUUAUCAUUUUCAAAAUAGGAAUCACUUGAAGAUGGUCCCAGUCCCAAGAAACCUGCCAAGUAUCUCCAUGUAAGAUUGCUAGAUUAUCUUGUGCUGUCUUGAGUCAGAGCUAAAUAGCAUCAGAAACGCUUAACCUCUGAUAAUUUCAUCCCAUGUGUGAUCAGGCAUUUUUUGAAAUUUAGAGAUAAUAGGGAGAGGGCAUGAUCUCAGGCUAGCUGGGGCCAAUGUACCAAUUGCCUCAUAAUCCUGCAGUCCCAGGUUCGUCCCUCCCUGAUGACUCACGGGAUUUUGUUUCUUGUUAUCCACGAGGUACAACCCCUUGGCCACACUUACUGGUUAUCCUUCUGCCAGAUGGUUUUCUUUACCUCCUCUUCUAAUAACUUAAGUAUUACUGUAAGAGACCUUGCAUAAGGGGUGUGGUCAAAAGCAUGGCAAAGCCUGGCCAGGCCUGGUUUGCCACUUACAGUUGUAGUGGGUAAGGGUAGCCUGGAAAAGGCAAUUAUGUGACCCUCAUGUUAAGAAGUUUAUUACUUAUUAUUAUUAUUUUUGCCAUUAUUAUUGUUGUUGUUGUUGUUCCUAGUGCUAUAAAUUGCUUCUUGUAUACUCUUAGACCAGGGCCCAUUCCUUGGUCCUGAGGUGUUGGAUGGACAGAAAUCUUUUAUAUUAUCAUGCACACUGAUCCCAAGAGGAUCAUCUUUUGCAGUUCGUUGAUGUUAAUGGUUCCAGUGAUCUUUCCUAAAUUCUGGUCCACUCCCUUUUUAAGAAGUCCCAGCACACCAACUAUGAUUGGCACAGUCUCUGUCUUAUUAUUAAUAUUAUUAUUAUUAUUAUUAUUAUUACCUAGCAAUUUAAUCAAGAUUAUAUUUCAUUUCCUUCACUAGGAUCACAUAGAGAUUGAAAGGCACAAGGAAGAGGUACUCUUGUCAAACCAGUGGGGCUCAUUUUUCACUGAUGCUGGCACUGCUCAAGAUGGACCCAGCAAAGAUUAUGACCACUGCUUUAACAAUGUAUUGGAUGGUUUCUUUGUUUCUAACAAAGCCAAAGAAAGAAGAGAAAUGAACACUUUUUGGGGAGAUGUGAUACAGAAAUACAGUACUAUUACCAUUCCACGGAUUGAUUUUAUCACAGGUAAUUUUCCUCCAGUGUGGAUUAUGAGUAUUAUUAAUGUAACACAGGAGCUAUCAUGUUUUCAAAUGUACAAUAUUAUUAUAGUAGGACAUGGUUGCAGGACACUGCAGUGGAAUCUCACCUUACAUGCCACAGCCACCUCAUUUUUACAGUCACUUUUUCUUGGUCCGGCAAAACGGCCAUACAUUGCCUUAGAAAAAUCCCUCAUUAAUGCUGUCACCCAUUGAUACAGUCAAUGGCCACAUUUUAAAAUCCCUAGCAGUAGAAUCUUUUAUAAUUUCACCCUGUUAAUACAGCCACUCAUUUGAAAUUAGAAAAAUAAAAUGCCUGUGUCAUGUCAAUUUCAUUGACCUAGUAAGCUAAGCCUGUUCUUUUAUUGUUUUUAAACUACAAUACACUUAUAUUUGUUUUUGGCGGGGUAAUAACCAAUUUCUAAGGAUGGAAAAAAAAGUUUAGAGUAGUUUUUACAAUAACUGUACACAAUAUCUACAUUCUGGUUGCUUAUUAGAGAGGACAAUAUGUUCAAGAGGUGCAAAUAUGAUGUAUGGUGUACUUUUCAUUACAACCAUUAUAAAGUCAUGAAAUUUGGUCCUGCCCCGGUACCACGCCAUUGAUACAGCCAAAUUUUUUGGACCCAUUGGUGACUGUAUUGACAGGGUUCUACUGUAUAUUGAAUUAAGGUGGAGUGACACAUGCCCUGAAAGAAAUGUCGACUGUUUUCUCACUCCACUCCUCCUUGGGGCACCCAAGUGUGAGAGAUGGCAGUAUAUAGUGCUGGAAUUGGGACAUUGUUAUUUACUCCACUGGGAACCACUCCAGAGGAUUGGGGAAAGGAGAUUAUUAACACUUACACACAUACACAAGUUAAAACUGCAACUGUUUGCUUUUUAAGCAAAGAUGAGUGGAUAACGCAGUUUCCGUAAUACUUAUCCCCUGGAUAUUGAUUUAACCAGUGGAUAGCACUAUCGAAUGUUUGAACAACCAGGACCUGCGUUAUGUUUUUAAACAUAAAAGAACCUUAACUGAACCUUUUCAAGCUGACUUUUAAAAAUUCUAAAAACAUACCUUCUUACAUGUAUAUGCACAGUAGGGUUUGUUGUAGUUUCAGUUGGUUUCAUGAAACCAGUGUUGAUGUAUUGUGUUACCUUAGGUCAAACUCAGUGGAAAUUCGUUGUUGAAUAUACAAAUUUGUAUGUUUACUAGUGGGUAUUGUAUUAGCAUAUUUACUGUAGUGAAUAAGGGCAGCAUAUUUUGGGAGAAAGAAGCUAAAGAGUGCUGCCCUGGAUUAGCUGCCAUGGUCCUGAUAUAAUCAAAAUCAAAAGACGUCAAUUCUGUCAGUUUAAGUAAUGCAGAAAAAUAAUGAUAAUAAAAUUAUAAGCACCCCCUUUUGAAUAAGGGCCACUUUGAGGGGUUAAAAAAUUUAAUGAGCGCUGCAGUGCUUAUUCAAGUAAAAUACAGUAUCCAUCUUGCUAACAAGUUGUCAUAUUAUUAUUACCAAAUAUUAUAAAAACAUUUUGUAAGCUGGUACUGCAUUUACUGAUGAAUCUGUUACUGAUGAAUCUUUGUCUUACUUUGUUGUAGAACUACCACUUGAUCAUGAAUUUCAACUCUUCAGUGCAUCAGCAGGAGGAUUUUACCCAGGAAGUCCAAGAUCUCUUCACUUAUAACAUAAAGUAGUACAAUCAUCUUCAUCCAUUGGUGCAGUCUGAUGGAUCUAUGCCUGUAUUAAGAUGCACCAACUUUCUAACUUUCAACUGUCAAUUUACGUAAAACACUUAUUCACCUUUUGCCGGUUAGCAAAAGAUUUUUGUUAGUUAAAAAGUUGCCUGAGAAAAUAGCUGAUAUUAAUGUCACCACUAGUUUCCCUGUGAAUAAUGAAGUCUAACAAAUGAGUGCAGAAAUUCCAUACUGAUGAUGCAUCACCACCCAGAUCUGGGUAGUUUUUCUGAUUGGCUGAAAUUGAACAAGAUAAUUUUGACCAGCAACAUGACUGGAUAGACAUUUUGAAUGGUAUUGCCUCUGUUAACUAAUUUAUUUCCAUAUCUAAAACAACUGGCAGUAAAUAACAAUUUGUGAAUACCAGUAGGUGUUUAAAUAACCAAAAUUUCUAUUUAUAUAAUAAUAAUGAUAGGAAAGAUUUUAAGCACAUAAAUGCAUCCAAAUAAAUUAUUUUGUUAUUAUUAUUAGUGCACCUUAUUUCACCUCCACAAGUAAGACAUUAAUAGUAUUUAAUAUUCACGAGUGCAUUGUAUUACAGUCAAACCGACAAAACUGUGAACACUUGAAUUAUUUCAGGAUAGUGUUAUUGUUUCAUGUCCAAUCACAGCAAAAUAUCUAGCCUGAGUAUCAGGCGUUUCUGGGGAAAAGGGGAAAGAUGGAAGCGAAAAAGGGAGAGAGCUGAAUGGUUUUGUGUCAGGCCUUCCUC